CCAGAAACAAAAGCACGAAAUGCAGAGAAGAGAGGAGGGGGUUGACUAAAAAGAGCGAAGUUGGGCCCUAAGAUGAUGAAUAAUGAAUUAAUGAUGGGGGCUGGAGCUUCUUCCGCGGCGGCUGCCGCCGCCCCUGCUGCUGCUGCUGCUGCUAUUUACUACAGCGAAGACAUUAGGUAUUCGUUCAACACCCUUAAGCCAUUGAAUCUCUUCAGCAAAAACAGCAAACAGGCUGUUGAAACCACCCCAGAUGAUGAUGAUGAUGAUAACAGUGAUGGUGAUGACAGUCAAGUUAAUAGAAUCAGUGCCAUUCCGGACGAACUUCUUUCCCACAUCUUAUCAUUUCUACCAACAAGAGAAUCAGCGGUUACCUCACUUUUGUCCACUCGAUGGAGAUACCUUUUUGCUUCACGCCCUGAGAUCGAUCUCGAAUUCCAUCCUGAACCUGAACGUAGCCAUUCUGACGCUGAUAUCGAUCUCGGAUUCCAUCCUGAACGUAACCGUAACCAAGCUGAUAAGCUGUUUUCUGAGUUCGUAAAUUUUGGCAAUAGACUAAUUUUGCUACGAAACAGGGCUCCAUUAAGGAAAUUUAAGCUCUCCCUUAUGAGGGUUGUGGAAAGCUAUCGUGGGGCACUCGAUUCACUGAUAUCUGCUGCACUUUUGUGUCAACUUCAAGAACUCGAAAUUUCUGUGGACAACCGGAGUAGUUAUAGGGAACGAUUAUCACCGGAGGGAAUAUUCACCUGCAAAACACUGACUUCCUUGAGACUAGUGUGGCGCGGUGUGGAUUUCAAAGUCCCCAGUCCAGUUUGUUUGCCUAAUCUUAAGCUCUUGUGCUUGAUAGGACCGAUGUUUCAAUUAGGAGAUCAUGAUGAUUCCCUGCAGAGGCUUAUCCAGGGUUGUCCUUUGCUUCAAGAACUAGAGCUGCACUGUGCACUGGGGGAUUUGGAUCAAAUUUUUGCCGAAGGUGCAUGUAUGCAAAUUGAAAUUCGUGAUAUGUCUAGUCCUUUUCUGAAGAAAGUAGUGCUGGAUUUAGAUGGAGGUCUGGAUGCUAAGGUUGUAGUGGAGUAGAACAAUCUUGAGAGUUUGGAAUACCAUUUCGUAGGUGCGGAGUAUAAGAUGAGCAUAAAUGCUCCAAAUCUUAAAUACCUUGGUUGUGGAGGCGAUAUAAAUGGAGUAAACUUUAUUCAAGACCUGAAUUCUCUUGUUAGUGCCAAAAUUGGCUCCCUCCUUGAAAUCCCUAAUUCUGAGAUUUUUUACAAUCUUGUCAACCAGGUGAAAAGUGUGGAAUCACUUACUGACGGUAUGAUUUUUGUUUUGAACUUUCAUGUUUCUCUCCGACUUUGAAAGCUUUUCCUUCCUUUUGAGUUGUCUUAGAGUAAUUGGACGAUCAUACUUCCAAGUUCGUAUGUGAGUUUUUGAUUAUUUUUCUCAUGCACAUGAAGGUCGGUAUUUCCAGUUAUGUGGUGCCAACUUUCAGCAAUUUGAUCAGCUUGGAGUUCAUUCUCCUCAAUUGCCAUGCUGUUGAAUCCUGGAAACUCAUGCCAAUCUUAAUUAAAAGUGCCCCUCACCUCGAAAAGCUAGUCUUCGGUCGAAAGAUGUUUCACUCUGAGCGUGUAGAAAAAGAAUUUGAGCUUCUAUUUCCAGAAUUCAUGCCCAAACACUCCAUUGAACAUCUCAAGGAAAUAGAAUUCACAAAAUUUUACGAGAAGCACUAUGAAUUCAAGCUAGUUGAGUAUCUUCUGCAAAAUGGAAAAGCUUUGAAGAAGAUGGUGCUACGUGGAUCUUAGCAACCUUCUAGCUAUGAUAGAAUAAUGUCAUACAUGAGAUGCUCAGAGGAUUGUCAAAUUGUGGUAGAAGAACGUGGUUCAGAGGAAAUCUGGUGGAUGCUAACAGUUGACUUAUAAAUGAUAUCUGUUUCAGUCAUGCAGCGAAGUCGCGGGAAAAUGAAGUAACAAAAUCAUCUGCUAUGUACAUUUGCUUUUUGAUCUAUGCAUAAAGGAUCAGAAUUCCCUGUUGUUCAUGUCUUUUGUUGCUUGAAUUGAUUUGUGCUUUUUACGAGGGAGGAGUGGAUUUGGGAUGGGAAAUUGCAGGAGUGGAGGUGUUCCGGCUGAUGCUUUUCAUGUAAAAGUUAGAUAUGCAUGUAUAUUAUGAUGAUGUAGAAGUUAUUAGGUAAGUUAAGGGAGGGGCUUCUACACCUCUCAAUUUUUAAUUCACACCUUGUUGGAGUUCCAAUAUGGUACAAAUCACAAAUGCAUCAUCAGAGGUGUGGAUUUAUGA